UGUUAAACGUCAAGUCAAAAUGGCGUCGCUUUGCUUGUGCACUUAGAAAUUUCGAUCAUUUUGUGAAUUCUAAUCGUUUCUAUGCUGGAUUCUUGAAUUCAAAACCAAUAUUGCAUAGAUUUGUAACCGAAUUUUUCAGGUUUCUUGGUCGCGAUGGCGAUGCCAAACAAUUACAAACCUAACCCUGCCAUGUCGAUGCCGAGCCCUCAAAGCAAUCCGCACUACAUGGUAGCAGGACCCCCAAUGACUUACGGUAUGGUAAAAGGCGGUAUGAAUGCCCCGCACCAUAACCAGCAGUAUCAGUACGGGUACGGGUCGCCCGCCCCGGGCCAGUACUGGGGGCAGCAUGUGACGCCGGCGGCUCGUUUCGGUGCAGAGGGCGGGAGGCGCGCGGCGGCGGGCGCGGCGGGCGCCGGGGGCGGCAAGGACGACAAGACGAGCCCGUUCGUGACCACGCUGCACUCGCACCCGGCCUUCCAGCCGCAGAAGAUCGGGAAGCUCCCGGCUGGGGGCGCCGGGCUGCCCAAGCCGCCGAAGCCUCCAGAGAAGCCGCUCAUGCCCUACAUGAGGUACUCGCGCCGCGUCUGGGACAGCGUCAAGGCAGAGCACCCUGACCUCAAGCUGUGGGAGAUCGGGCGCAUCAUCGGCGGCAUGUGGCGCGACCUGCCCGAGACCGAGAAGGCCGUGUUUGUCGACGAGUAUGAGGCGGAGAAGUCGGAGUAUGAAAAGAGUUUGAAGACGUACCACAAUUCGCCGGCUUACCUCGCCUAUAUCGCGGCGAAAAAUAAGACUGUCGUGGGUAACCUAGAAGAAGAGACUACUAACAAGAAGGGAAGCGCUCAGAAGGAGCAGCAACAGGACAGAAGAAUCGACAUCCAACCAGCCGAGGACGAAGAAGACCAAGACGACGGCCUGUCAGUGAAGCACAUCGCCUACGCUCGCUACCUGCGCAACCACCGCCUCGUGAACGAGAUCUUCUCCGACACGGCCGUGCCCGACGUGCGCAGCGUGGUCACCACGGCCCGGAUGCACAUCCUGAAGAAGCAAGUCCAGUCGCUGACGAUGCACCAGAAGAAGCUGGAGGACGAGCUGCAGCAGAUCGAGGAGAAGUUCGACGCCAAGAAGCGCAAGUUCGUCGAGAGCAGCGACGCUUUCCAGGAGGAGCUUAAGAAGCAUUGCAAGCCGGCAGUGGACGAGGAAACCUUCAACCGUAUGGUGGAGCGAGCCGUGGAGCAGAUGCGCCGCGGCCUCGCCCCCGCGCCCCUCGUACCGCCCACCACGCUGCCCAAGGCCGAGCCAAUGGAGACCGAACCUCUGAAGCUGGCGGGCAGCGGGCCGGCGCCGCCCACGCAGGUGGACGCGGUGUCCACGUCCGAGGUGAAGCCGGAGGGGCCCGCCACCGAGCUCCGGGGGGGGGAGGCGCCCGGGGGGGAGGGGGGUCCCGCCAAGGAGUUAAAGCCAGCACCGCCAGUGACUGCGGCCGCCCCCGCCCCGGCCCCCGCAGCCGCCCCCGCCGCCGCCCCGCCCGCCGCGCCGCUGCCGCCGCCGCCGACUGACCCAGCCGCUCACCCACCACCCAUGAUGAUGCCGCCCACGCCGGGAGCGCCGGGGCUGCCGCCGCCGCCCCACGCUGGACCGCCGCCCCCAGGAGCCCCGGGCGCGCCCGCCGCGGGCUACCCGCCGGCGCCCUACGGCGCGCGGUACUACGGCGGCUACGGGGCGGGGUUCCCGCCCGCCGCGCCCUACCAGUACUACCCGCCCGCCCCCGAGCACUACGCGCCGCCGCCUGCCGCUGACAAGCCCGCGGAGGAGCCACCGGAGAAGAAGGAGGCCGAAUGAUGUUCGCCUAAACGCGUCGUCAAACGACGGCGCAAGUCAUCGGCUAAGGACGCGCAGUAAACGACGCUCAGUGCACUAUCUAUGUUGAUGUAACAACGUUAUUGUUCCGCUUUGGUACUGAGAAACUUGGAAAAGCAUGGUGGUAAAGCAGGCGACCUAUCUCGUUAAGAGUUGCUCACUUACCUGACAACUCUCUCAGAACAAGCUUACAUGUGUUGGGGUCCACCAACCCGCACUAGGCCCGCGUGGUGGACUAGGCCUGGAAGGAGACCCGUACCACAGCAGUCGGGGACGUGAUGGGUUGUGAUGAUGAUAAUGAUGAUGAUGACUACUUUACAUGCUCAUCCUAAGCAAGAAACAAUGAUAUCUAUAUCCAUCCGCAUUUGAGCAAACCUAUUAAGAGGGAACAAUAAAGUGUUAAGCAAAUAGAUAGAACGAGUGUUGGCGCAUCCUUAGGCGAUGACUAAAAGACUUUAUGAAGUGGUGGUGGAUAAAACGGACCUUUGAUCUAAGAAUUUAAGAAGUGUUUGCAACUUUUAUAAUAUUAGAAACAAAAUUGAAUAACUUUCACUGAGGAUGAUAGUGGCUAAUUUGAUAAAGUUUUGCUUUUUGUGUUGUUUUAGAAUAUAUGGGAUAUAGUGUAGAAAAACAAUAAUCUGGAUAAUACAUUUAUUUGUAAGUGUAGAUACUACAUUUAAAUACUGAUUGUAAUAAGUGAAUUAUAAUUAGGUACAUAAAUGACUUAGAUUACAUGCUAAUUCCAUAUUAAAUAUGUUAAAACAUUAAUUAUAAUAAGCAUACCUUUUAGUAUGAUAAUAUAAUCUAAGGAAACACAA